CACUGUGAACCAACUAGGUCUAGGCUUUGCCCCUUCUUAAAAAUAUGAGAAUCAUUAACUGCACCUGCAGAAAUUGGUCGUUCUUGUAAACCUGGAUUGUGCGCGAAGACAAAGCGUGCACCAUCGACUAAAAGAUUGACCUUAUAUAUAACUACGCGAAAGCUAUGCUCGUUUGAAUUGCGCGACGGCUGUCUACUCCAUAGACAAAGGACUGCAUGGCAAGUAAGGCGAUUGAGACGAUGAAGACGCUAGAAUAGUGCGUCACGGGUGAAUUCAGUUUGUUUUGUGUUCGAAUCGAAUGCAUGAAAAUCUCGAACCUCUAAGUCGAAUUCGCUUUGGACGUGAUAGAGCACAUCAAUUUACGAGUAACGUAAGUCCAAAUUAACAGAUGAAGAAAAGUUAUUAAAGUGUCGACUCGACUUUUGAAAAGGAAGAGGGAAGUCGCCGAACUAACAGUAGAGCCGAGUGGCUGUGCAUUUCUUGCACUCUUGGUUUGGAUUUCGAUCCAAUACUGAUAUGAUAAUUACCUUGUAACUUUUUACCUACUUUUUAUGCGAAUAUAAUGAUAAAGAUCUUCAUUAAUUGACGAUGAACAUUCAUACCUGUUGCAAUCCUAAGUCUAAGUUCUUAGCUAACUAUGUUCGGGUGACUAGUCGAUCCUGGUGGCUGAUCCUGUUUUUGAUGAUGGAAAAUAUGACGCAUCACAAAUUCUCAGCUUGAUGAAAACGGAUCAUCAUGUUGAGGAGAAUCUCGUACCCCUAGGGUGACGCGGGGUUUCACCCGCGGCACCACUUUGGCAGCAUUGAAAGAUGCCGGCCGGCGGGCUUCAUCUUGUAACUUCGGUGUUGACCCCGACUUCCUCUGCGGAACGGAACGAAGCGGUGCAGUUUCUCUUUCCUGCAGCAGCAGAUCUGGAAGAUGGCAGUGGUCUGAAACUUGUGUCGUGCUCGCGGUCAACCACUCCGUUUUCGGGUCAUCAUGAUGGAGGAUCUUCAUCGCGGCAUCACUCCACGACGAGCUUCGCGAGGUAUGCGGGUCAACCGGUGAUUUUUCCUGGCAGUACAAAGGAUACGCAAAAGUCGUUGCAAGAGGGAGGCUUAGGUACUGACAGUGCAGAGCAAACUCACGAGUCGGUCGGACCUGGUUCUGAAAACGGUGCCACACAAAAUGUCGGCGACAUGCCUGGCGAGCCCGAUCGCGCGCAACGCGAGCACGGCUACGAUGACCCAAAUCCUUUGGACGCGCAGAAAGCGGAGCGGGAAGUGCAAGAGCAGGCCAGCGAAGCAGAUCGCGCUGUCGGAGAAGCAGAGGACGCGGACAUGCAACGUCGCGGUACAGCGCUGGAGCACGAAGAUGAGAGACAGGCAGCGACCGAUGAGGCUCGCGGAGGCAGCACGAACAGACGGCAAAAUGUGCAGGCCGAGGAGGGCAAAGAGCGUGGUGGGGGAAAGGGGCGUAAGAACGGAGGUGAUGAUGAAGGGGGCGCGGG